GACAAGAGGGGGGGGGGGGGGGGAAGAGGAAGAAAUCCACGUCGUCUCCUGCCUGCAUCGUAACGGGUCCGGUCCGGUCGAGUAAUGUUCUCGGUGUGUCCACUUCAUCCAAGAAGAGCGUAAAUGUCGUCAUAGUGGCUGGGAAACUGGAAUACGGCUCUAAAAACACUCCAGUCUGGAUCAUACGGAGAGGACUACAAAAUCAGAAUGGAGCUGGAAGACGGAGUUGUGUACCAGGACGACCCGGGAACAUCAGCGAUGAUGUCUGAGCGGGUAUCGGGCCUGGCUAACUCUAUUUACCGCGAGUUCGAGAGGCUCAUCGGAAAAUAUGACGAGGACGUGGUCAAGGAGCUCAUGCCGCUGGUGGUGGCCGUCCUGGAAAACCUCGACUCGGUGUUCGCCGAGAACCAGGAGCACGAAGUGGAGCUGGAGCUGCUCAAGGAGGACAACGAGCAGCUCAUCACCCAGUACGAGCGCGAGAAAGCGCUCAGGAAACACGCGGAGGAGAAGUUCAUCGAGUUUGAGGACACACAUGAACAGGAGAAGAAGGAUCUGCAGAACCAUGUGGACAGAAUGGAGUCCCACUCGAGGCAACUCGAACUCAAGAUUAAGAACCACGCUGACCAGAUCGGCAGGUUAGAAGAGCGAGAGGUGGACCUCAAGAAGGAAUACAACUCCCUCCAUCAGAGGCACACAGAAAUGAUCCAUAAUUACAUGGAGCAUGUCGAGCGAAUCAAAAUGCAGCAAAGUAGCGAGGCGUCUGAACCGAGCAGUGCGGGGCGACUGCGGAGAGAGCGCCCCCUUUCUUUGGGCAUCUUCCCAACAUCGGCUGGGAGCUCUCCGCUCAUUGCGGACCAACACGCCCGCGCAGUGACGCCGAGCGCAGAGGGCUGGAGGUUCAGCGACACGACACACACUCGCUCCACCACCAGCCUCCAGCAGGACUUUGCCACCUCCCCAAGGGAAAGGGGGGGUAAGAGUGUGCAAGACUCUACUUGGGGGAGUUCACUGGCUGACGACUGCAAGGAUGAGAUGUCAGACUUCACUGGCUCUAAAUCUGCCACUCCCAUGUCCACCACGGCCUCGGAUAUUGGGAGGGACGAUGGGAACAGUAAGAGCGCAGAGGUACAAGCGGCACCCGGGACCAGAUCCGUAUCAGUUGGUUUACCCGAUAAUGAAGACAGCUCAGACGUGCAGGACAUAAUUGAGUCCACACCCGAGCUGGACAUGGAUCUGACGGGCCAUAAGGGCUGCAGCACUCCGACCAAAGGCAUUGAAAAUAUGGCGUUUGACCGCAACACGGACUCGCUAUUUGAAGAGCUGUCGUCUGCAGGCACAGGGCUAAUCGGGGAUGUGGAUGAAGGCGCCGACCUGCUGGUGGAGUACUCUGACCUUAGUUUGAUUGGUAUGGGCCGGGAAGUGGAAAAUCUCAUUCAGGAGAACUCGCAGCUGCUUGAGAGAAAGAAUGCCCUGAAUGUGGUGAAUAAAGACUUGAUCUUGAAAGUGGACGAGUUGACGUGCGAGAAGGAGAUGCUCCAGGGCGAGCUGGAGGCCGUGCAGCAGGCCAAGGCAAAAAUGGAGGAGAAAAACCGAGAGUUGGAGGAGGAACUCAAAAAAGUGCGACUUGAGAUAGAGGAGGUGCUGCAGAAAACAAAAGAAGAAGAAGACAGCGACGUCCCGACAGCCCAGAGGAAACGCUUCACCAGGGUGGAAAUGGCCCGAGUGUUGAUGGAAAGGAAUCAGUACAAGGAGAGAUUGAUGGAGCUCCAGGAGGCCGUGCGGUGGACGGAGAUGAUCCGGGCCUCCAGGGAAAAUCCGUCUCUCGCAGAGAAGAAGAAAUCCAGCAUCUGGCAGUUCUUCAGCAGGCUUUUCAGUUCCUCCUCCAGCACCCCGGCCAUAAAGAAAAUGGAGCCCCAGUCCAACGUGAAAUACAACGCUCCGUGCAGCAUGGUGAAACGGAGCAGCACGUUCUCCCAGUUCCCCACAGAGAAGUCCAAAACGUUCGACUUCCUCAACGAAGAAAAAGACCAGUGCAGUUCCCCGUCGCGCAAAGAGCAAAAGCGAGCCCAGUACAGGCAGGUCAAAGCUCACAUGCAGAAGGAGGACGGUCGGGUUACAGCGCACGGCUGGAGCCUGCCGAGCAAGUUCAAGGGAGCAAACGGCGGACAAACGGAGAACAAAAUUAAUCUACCCGUGCCCGUCUAUUUGAGACCAUUGGAACAGAAAGACGCUUCCAUGAAGUUGUGGUGUGCGGCCGGCGUCAACCUCUCCGGAGGGAAAGCGUCACAGCCGUUUGAGCCUGCAAAGCAGAUGAAGGGAUCUCAGAGUAGCCUGGACCAUUUGGAGCAAGAAAACAAGGAUCAAGAGAAAGUUGAGGAGCUGAUCCUUCAGGAUGAAUUGUCUAGUCGGGUGUGGGUGUGCACCAGCACCCACUCCUCCACCAAAGUCUUAGUGGUGGACGCCGCGCAGCCGUCUGACCUCGUCGAUACCUUCUACGCCUGCAACACCCACAUCGUUUGCAUCGCCAGCGUGCCAGGCGUGUCGGAGUCCGAUUAUCCAGCAGGUGAGGAAGUCCCUCAAGACGUGGAUGCAAAUCAGGGCGAUGUGGUAUCCUUGGCCGGCAGCGUGGCCAGUGUGGGUUCGACGGGCAGCGACGGUGCCCUGGCAGCUGAGGGCACCACCGCCAUCCCCCAGACAGCCAGCACGGGUGGUCUGGAGCAGCCGGCGGAGCGCAGUGCCAUCCCUGCCUCGGCCGAACUGUCCAGGCAGACGAGCCCGGCCGAGGUUCCCACCGCCGAAGAGGCGACGGAAGCAACCGAGGCAAACGCCGGCGGCAACGAAGAAGGAGAGGAGGACCAGGGACCGGAGCAAAACCAGGCCGGAAUCUACACGGAGCACGUUUUCACCGACCCGCUCGGGGUGGGGCCCGAUGAGUCCAUUUCUGCCGUACAAAGCGGCUCUGCGACCAGCAUGCCCGAUGACUCUGACCCCUCAUCCCUGGAAGUCAAGAGGAUGAGCAGCGCCCUCCCCACCAUGUGGUUAGGAGCUCAGAAUGGAUGUCUCUACGUCCACUCAUCUGUGGCACGUUGGAGGAAGUGUCUUCACGCCAUCAAGCUCAAAGAUUCCAUCCUCGGCAUCGUGCACGUGAAAGGCAGAGUCCUGGUCGCGCUGGCGGAUGGAACCUUAGCAAUUUUCCACAGAGGCAUGGGCGGUCAGUGGGACCUUACCAACUACCACCUGUUGGAUCUGGGACGACCCCACCACUCAAUCCGCUGCAUGAGCGUAGUCCACGAUAAGGUGUGGUGCGGCUACAGGAACAAAAUCUACGUCAUCCAGCCCAAAGCCAUGAGGAUAGAGAAGUCGUUUGACGCGCACCCGCGCAAGGAGAGUCAGGUUCGACAGCUGGCUUGGGUCGGCGAUGGCAUCUGGGUGUCCAUCCGACUGGAUUCCACACUGCGAUUGUUUCACGCCCACACCUUCCAGCACCUCCAGGACGUGGACAUUGAGCCCUAUGUCAGCAAAAUGCUCGGUACGGGUAAACUGGGUUUCUCUUUUGUGAGAAUCACAGCUUUAGUGGUGUCCUGCAGCCGACUCUGGGUGGGGACCGGAAAUGGCGUCAUCAUUUCCAUCCCGCUGUCUGAAGCCAACAAGACAUUAGCGACGGUGCCAAAUUGGCCCGGCAGCGCCGUACGGGUCUACAGUGACGAUGGCGCAGAGGGCGCGUUGCCAGCGAGCUUCGUGCCGUACUGCUCCAUGGCGCAUGCCCAGCUCUGUUUCCAUGGACAUCGAGACGCUGUCAAAUUCUUUGUCACCGUGCCAGGUCAGGCAAUGCCACCUCCCGGAAGUGCGGAUUCGGGCUCUGACGACCCUCCGUCUGAAUCUUCGGACACGGCCGCAUCGGAGCCCAAAACGUACCUUGUGAUGAGUGGAGGAGAAGGCUACAUUGACUUCAGAAUGGGUGACGAGAACGGAGAGCUGGACGGCACGUCCGAGCCUACGUCGGGCCAACAGUCGGCGCCCACCAAAGCCGAGCGAAGUCACCUCAUCGUAUGGCAGGUGGCCACCUCGCUCGAUUAAGCGCCCAUCACAACGUCCUCAGCCCGCAUGCGCAACUUCCUUUUUUAGUUGGAUAGGAUUCUUGAGUCAUUCACUACUUUGUAAAAAAACAAAACAAAAAAACAAUUAUUUUGUAUCAGUAUUUUUUUGUACAGUUUAUUCCUAAGGUCAGUAGGGAUGUUUGCUAAGUUAAACAAUGCGUCCACGUGCUCCCGAGCUUGGAAACGCUGUUGCACACAGCUGUGAAAGGUGUGGACAUUUUCAUCGGAUCAACUGCGGGCAUCAUUUCACCAUGGACGACACGUUUCGCGUUUCUGCCGACACGGGAAGAAAGGGAGAAGGGAACUUCUGGAUUUUAUCUGACCUAUUAUUUUAUACUAUACAUGUUAAGCCUCUUGGCAUUUUACCACAUCUCUGUGUGAGAGCGCAGGUGUGUUUGUGUAGGUGCGUGUGUGUGUGUCUGUCUGUCAGUUUAGCUUUGUUCACAAUUCUCCGUCACAGUCAAUUGACUGUAUCCUUUCGUUUGGGCGAGGGUAAAAGUGCCACAAUCUUGGUGCUUUCCAUUCCUCUGUCACUCACGGGCACUUUAUGGCGAUGGACUAGAUUCCAUAUUUGCUUGGACAAACAAACACAACUGCUCUGCGUGCCAAUAAGGUGUCAUCCCAAUAACCAAAUGAUGACUGAAGGACAAAGGGGGAAAGGAAUUUAAUAGUCUUGAAAGGUCUGUGUGCUUAAUUGUGUCAAAUCAACUUGAAUAGGACAUUUUGACUAAGUGUAAUAUUUGAAUGUGGCACCUUCUAGUGGAAAUGCACACGUCACUAAAGAGACUAGUGUGCAACACGGUUCCCUCCGUCAGGGCAUUCUUGUGGUGUUUGCUUUAGGCAUCUCUGAAAAUUUGAAAUUUUGUCUUGAUGCUUGCAGGAGUAGUUUUAAUGUCUGAAAAGGUCAGGCCGAGUCUGGUCUUCUGUCCUUUGCCGGCAUUCAAAAUAAUGACAUUAUCUUGCGUUUUUACCAUUCCAAUAUUUAUUUACGUUUUUAACAGAGCCUACCUUGGUUCCGAAUGUAACUUUUUAUCAAACCGGACUAUUGUGAAUAAUGCAGUGCAAUGAGUUUACGUGAUUGUUCAUUUUAAAGCAGUAAAAAACAAAUUUUUCUUUAUUUGAAUAUUUAGCAAGUCACAAGAUCACAUUUUGCCAACAGUAACAAAAUGUUUUGACAUCAAUGUACUAAGCUAUGCAUGUUUUUUAAGACAACACUGCAAUGUUAUUGGCUCUUUAGUGCCACCAUUUUGUGUAGGGUGGAUGUGAGUGUGUGUGUGAGUGUGUGUGUGAGGAAGUGUGCUUGUGAGUUUGGAUGCAAACUGCAUUUGGCCGUCCGUGUGUGUGUGUGUUGCGUCCUGUAGUGUUAAUGUGUAUUUUACAUCGGGGGGGGGGAAAUCUCAAAAUGCCAUGACAGUUCUCCUCUUGGUCAGUGUUUGCUAAGUGAACAUCAUAGCCUUAUUUUUAACAAUCUAUUAAAUUCAAUUUCACCAAGA